AUGAGCAAUACAGAUUCCGUUCGGGUCAAGUUGUUGUUUUUCGCGAAAUCCCGGGAGCUAGCCGGAGUCUCUGGCACGGACGAUUUCCUGGUGCCGCACGCUGAAAUCAAGUGCUCCGAGCUGCUCGAUCUGAUCUGUAAUCGGUACAAUCUCUCCAUCAUCCGCAACAAUGUUAUACUAGCCCAUAACGAGCAGUACUGUGCCGAUCUGAGCGAAACGAUACGCAUACGCAACGGGGACGAGCUGGCUGUGAUACCACCCAUCUCCGGAGGGUAG